AUGGGAAACGGGAAAGAACAUCCAUCUAUGCUAACUCCUCUCAUCAAUACAAGCUCCACUACAAGCAUACUAGUUGGGUCAGACCCUAAUAGACCUGGUGGUGGGGAAACUGAAGCGCCAUGUACAUCCUCUACAGUUGAAGAAAUUAAUAAGGAUAGACCAAAUCCACAGGAAACCAAGGAUUGCAGUGCUGGGACAUCUCAGAAUGUUGAAAUUGAUUGUGAUGAUAUGAUUGAGGAGCCAAAGUCGAGGAUGGAGUUUGAUUCUCUUCAAGAUUUAGUGAGUUAUUAUAAGGAGUAUGGUAAAAAGUGGGGGUUUGGAGUGAUGACAAAAAGGACUGAGAGGGAAGAAGAUGAUUUUUUUAGGUAUGUCACCCUUACUUGUGCGUGUGGUGGGAAGGCUUGUAAUAGAACUUUCAAUGUCGUCAACCCACGUCCGACAGGAAAAACAGAAUGUAAGGCAAAGAUUAAUGCCUUAAAAUCUGAUGGAAAACUUCAGUUGACUACGGUUCAUAAUAUCCAUAAUCACGGUCUUAGUCCAAAGAAAUCUCGUUUCUUUCGAUAUAAUAGAGAAGUGAGUGAUGCCGUAAAAAGAGUUUUAGAUACAAAUGAUAUGGCUGGUGUCCGAAUGAACAAGAGCUUUGGAUCUCUUGUUGUUGGCACGGGCGGGGACGAGAACCUCCCAUUUCUGGAAAAGGAUUGUUGUAACUAUAUCGACAAUGCAAGACAUCUACGACUUGGCGCAGGUGGUGCUGGUGCACUUCGAAAGUAUUUUUGUAGGAUGCAGUACAAAAAUCCUGGGUUCUUUGCGUUGAUGGAUUUAGAUGAUGAAGGGAGGUUAAAGAAUGUCUUCUGGGCAGACCCACGUAGUAGAGCAGCCUACCAAUAUUUCGGUGAUGUGGUCACAUUCGACACUACAUACCUGACCAAUAGAUAUGGGAUGCCGUUUGCACCAUUUGUUGGUGUAAACCACCAUGGGCAGUCAAUCCUCUUGGGAGCAGGCUUGAUUUCCAGUGAGGAUACUGAGAUCUUUGUGUGGUUAUUCCAGACUUGGUUGCAAUGUAUGGAUGGUAUAGCUCCUAAAGCUAUUAUUACUGACCAAGAUAGAGCGAUGAAAAAUGCAAUUGGUAUUGUUUUCCCAAAUACCCAACAUAGAUUUUGUUUGUGGCAUAUACUGAAGAAAGUGCCGGAAAAGCUUGGCUCCUAUGGUUCCUACAAAACUGGGAUGAAAAAUGCAUUGAUGAAAUGUGUAUAUGACAGUCAAAGUAUUGAUGAGUUUGAGACAAGUUGGGUUCAGUUAAUUACCACGUACAAUUUGCAUGAAUGUACGUGGUUACAAAGUCUAUACGCUGAUCGUGAGCAUUGGGUUCCAGCAUUCUUGAAAGACUGUUUUUGGGCUAGAAUGAGUACAACGCAGCUGAGCGAGAGCAUGAAUGCCUUUUUCGACAGGUAUGUUAAUGCUAAGACGAACUUGAAAGAGUUUGUUGACCAGUUUGAUAAUGCAUUGAGAAAAAAGAUUGAGAAUGAAAAUGCCGCGGACUUCCACUCAUUUAGUGUCACAACCCCCUGCAUAUCUAGAUCUCCAAUUGAGAAAAGGUUUCAAGAGUUGUACACAAAUUCUAAAUUCAAGGAAGUACAACAGCAAGUUACCGGCAUGAUCGAUAUGAAUCCAAAGUUACAUAAGAGCAUUGGUGCAAUACAAACAUAUUUGGUAAAGGAUGAAGUUCAUUUGGCAAAGUUCACUAAGCAAGUUACAUAUUCUGUGGACUUUAUUGAAGAAGAUUCAGCUGCAAAGUGUUCUUGUGGAUUAUUCCAGAUGAGAGGGAUAUUGUGUAGGCACAUUUUGGCCGUAUUCAGAUGUAAUGAGAUUACAUAUUUGCCAGAUAGUUACUUUUUAGAUCGAUGGAGGAAGGAUAUCAAAUGGCGAUACACGCUGAUCAACAGUAGUUAUAAUGCGGGGGAACAACGGGCAGAUUCUAAUAGAUAUUCAGAGAUGUUGAAUAUCUGUUAUCAGAUGAUUAUUCUUGCAGCAGGUUCAAAAGAGCAUACUCAGGAUGCAAAAGCUAAGUUAUAUGCAAUGAUUGAGUUGUAUCGUGCCAACCAAGAACCCCCAUCUCUGACCCAAACGGGUUCCAAUGUUCCAAUAUCAACAGGGGGCACAACUACUGUCAGUGGUUCUGGGCAGGGAGAUGUAGGAGGUACACCCAUGUUGAGCACACAGAGAUCCUUAUUUGGCCAUGAGGAGAAUGAACUGGCCAAUGCUAGACACGUGCAGGCCAAUCCAGAAAACACAGCUUUUGACAUUGGUGGAACCCAAAUCCGAGGAACAGUGAUUCAAAGUCAAGAACGUAUGCAAAUUGGAUUGAAUGGAUCACAGCCGAUUGACUUUGGGUUGGAUGGAUCACAACCGUUUGAAUGA